AUGAGCGACUCCCAAAGUACAAUGACUGGCCAGAACCAUCGUCACAACUCUGUUAGCUCAGAUGGAUUUCUCGGUGAAGAGAAGACAUUCACUUGCUCUCAUCCUGGGUGUGACAAGCGCUUCACUAGAGCUGAGCAUAUGCAACGACAUGCGCUCAACCAUAUGCCAGGUGGUUUAGCAUGCGAUAUCUGUCGCGCUCAUUUCAAACGCCCUGACCUCUUGAGUAAGUCAGACCACGUGCUUAAUAUGUUACACCCCAAUCUAACCUACCUAGAACGGCAUAUGGACCGGCACCGCCAAAAGGAUUUUGAAGCUGGCGGACCCGGUUGCGGUGUUUUGGAUACGAGAAAACGAUCUUGGAAAGCCCCUGACGGCACAGUUGUCGAAAAGCGGCCUUGUACAAACACUCUAGGCCGCGGUAGGCCCCUAGGACGCGCACGCCCACAAACAACACAAGUCCCUUCACCAGAGCCUGAAUGCACCGACGUGGAACAUAGCCACGGAUCCUUAGACGGGACUGGAGAUCACGAUUUCUCAGUUGGCAGUAUCUCACCGGAUAACCAGAGACAGCAUCCCCCAGAUUUGCGGCACGAGAGUUUUGAUACUACUACUCAAUCCUAUCAUUUUGAUCGUGGGACUAUCUUUACCUCUGAAUCUGUCAACGACUUCACCGGCUUUCCUCCUUCUCUGCAAAUACAAGAUUACCUCUCGGCGAACAAUCACUUCAGUGUUGACGAAAGCCAGCCAGGCAGCUGGGGCGAUCCCUUCGCCAGUGACCUGCUGGACUACGAACAAAUUUUCCAGCCGGACACAGCAAGCUCUUUUAACAUGCCAUAUACCACUGCCCUAGAUUACAACUGGCUUUUUAACAUGCAAGAGACUUCUUCGCCUAUGAUCGCCUCAAAAACUGCAAAUCAAAACUACGAUUUCCAUCCAACAGGCGCCCCAUCAGUCCCCAGAACCCAUACCAACGUCGCAAUCACGCCAGAGUCAAUGAAAAGCGCUCAACUUUGGACUGAACCAAUGGAUACAGCUCCUCGUGAACCAGAUGGGCAAGAUAAACCACCCAGCUACAAUACUAUUGUCCAGUCCGCACCGCAAGAGCCCCCAAGACGACUGGCUACACGCAAUUCAGGAGAAAGAAACUCAGAACCUGCGGCUUUGCGAAGGCCUGUUGAAGCACAAGCGCCAGCACGCAAACGUCGCACAACUGUUAGCCGGCCUCCCCCGAUCUUAGAACCAGAGCGGCCGUUAUCCUUCCUUAAGAAUUCCCUCAACAUCCCAGCACUGAGUGAGAAUGUACGGGAAGGGCUCCUUAAUACAGUUGAAGCAGCCAAGCCUUCUCUACCGGAUCAGCGAUACACUCUCUGGGAACAUCCAUUGCUCUCCCUUGAAUCGCUCCAAUCAUACCUAGAUUUAUUUUUCAAACGCUUUAACACCGCCUACCCUCUCAUUCACCUGGAAACAUUUAACUGUGCGGAGACGGAGCCUCUGUUGCUGCUGUCAAUCAUCUUACUUGGUGCAACUUAUUCAAGUAAAGAUUGCCACCAGUUGGCUGUGUGCAUACACGAUGUCAUUCGGCCGAGUAUAUUUGCCCACCCUGGGUUUUCUCCUCGUCCAGAGCUUUGGACGCUUCAGACGAUCUUACUGGUUGAGUGUUUCGGGAAGUCUCGGGCAGGGCAAAAGCAACACGACAUGAGCCAUUUGUUCCACGGCCUAUUGAUCAACUUAAUAAGGCGAUCGGACUGUCAAUCAGUAAGACCGCCUGGGCCACCGCCAGUGGGUGGUGAUGAUAGUCCUACUGCUCUCGAGAAAACGUGGAGGAAAUGGGCAGAGGCCGAACAAAAGAAAAGACUUGCCUUGCUUUGCUUCAUGUGGGAUACCCAACAUGCGGUUCUCUUUUGCCAGAGCCUUUGCAUGUCUGCUUUUGAACUACGUCUGGAGCUUCCGUGUAAUCAGAGCAUCUGGGAAGCACAAGAUGCUACAUCGUGGGCAUCUGCAUGGAGAUCGAGCAUUAAUGACCAGAGAACUUUCUAUCUCCCCGUACUCAAAGCUUACCUAAUGCCGUCAGGUCCAAGAACUCAUGGUCUCAGUGGAUUUUCUCGUAUUUUGGUACUUCACGGCCUCAUGUCAAUUGCAUGGGAUAUGGGACGUCGUGAUCAAACAGCUCUCGGAGUCGUCUCGGGAGAUAAUCCAGGGACAGGCUGGCGCACCACUCUGAGUUCAGCCUACGAUGCGUGGAGGAGUGAUUUCGACUGGUAUUGCGAUAACUUCUUCGCCCAAAUGCCUAGAGCACCCCCGUCAGCCGAUGAUGACGCCCGCAAGAUGGAGUUCGAAUCUUUUACAACAGCAUACAAGACCUUGUACCACUCAGCACAAUCGUUGCUAAACAUGGACUUUUUGGAUGUUCAGAUCUACGCUGGAGCACGGCAUAUACUCGGCAGACCAGUCCAGCAGAAGGAUUACCUUCGCUCAGCGCAAGUAGUCAAGAGAUGGGCCGCGGCUGCGAUCAACAUGCCGAGAGACGCGCAAGCUCAGGUUACAAAUAUCCAACGUGAGCGGGAACCCUCGGCGGGGACUUCCAGUACCCGAGGCGAGCUACAAAAGCCAUUCGCAUCAGUAGCGGCAUGGCACGCAGCACAAAUAUUGCGGGAGACAAAGAAGAAGCUUAGUGGCAUUGAGGCCAUGAACCUAUUCCACGUACCUUGGUGUCUUUACUUGGCGACAUUGACUUGCUGGGCAUAUCAUCAUGCGCGCCCUAAUCGCAGCUACGGUUCUCUCUCGCGGAGGCAAUAUGACGCGAUGGGUGAUUUCGACAACGAUGAAGAUGGGGAGGAUGAUGAAAUGGUUUGGGACCCACAAGCCGAGAUGGACGCUUUGGUAGCCAGUAUGUCGGAACGGGCGGACCGGAACGAUGUUGCGCUGAGAAAUGAGAGAAGGAGGACAAAUGGCCUGGUCUGGAUUAUGGCAGAUAUUUUGACUACGGUGCGAUGGGGCAUCGUUCACGCGGGUGUUGUCGUGCUGCGUGGACUUGUGCCUCAGAGACUGAUUAAUCAGUAUGAGGAGGCUACAUAA